AUGGCUAUUGAAAGCGAACAAGGAAGGGAAAUCAUUUUCAGGUCCAAGCUUCCGGAUAUCUACAUCCCCAAACACCUUCCCCUCCACGCAUACUGCUUUCAGAAUCUGCAGGAGCACGGGUCACGCCCCUGCUUGAUCAAUGCCCCCACGGGAGCCGUCUACACCUACUUCGACGUCGACGCCACAGCCCGGAAGGUGGCGUCGGGCCUCAACAGAGUGGGCGUGCGACAGGGCGAGGUCAUCAUGAUCCUGCUCCCCAAUUGCCCCGAAUUCGUGUUUGCGUUUCUUGGGGCGUCUUACCGGGGCGCCAUGGCCACUGCGGCUAACCCCUUCUUCACUCCGGCGGAGAUUGCGAAGCAAGCCAAGGCAUCCAAUGCGAAGGUGCUCAUCACGCAGGCCUCUUACUAUGAGAAGGUGAAGGAGCUGGAGGUGAAGGUGGUGUUUGUGGACUCUUGUCCGGCUGAGGCAGGUGACGGUGAGGAUCAUAUCCAUUUCUCGCAGCUGAUUGAGGAAAGCGGCGAGAUGGAAGAGGUGGAGAUAAGAGGGGAUGACGUGGUGGCACUGCCGUAUUCGUCGGGGACAACGGGGCUUCCGAAAGGAGUGAUGCUGACGCACAAGGGGCUUGUGACGAGCAUCGCUCAGCAGGUGGACGGUGAGAAUCCGAACCUCUACUACCACUGCGAGGACACCAUCCUCUGCGUGCUUCCUCUCUUCCACAUCUACUCCCUCAACUCUGUUUUGCUCUGUGGCUUGCGUGCCAAGGCCACCAUUCUCCUCAUGCCCAAGUUCGAGAUCAAGGCCUUGCUCGGUCUCGUUCACAAGCACAGAGUCACCAUUGCCCCCGUUGUCCCACCCAUCGUUCUGGCCAUUGCCAAGUCACCCGAUCUCACCAACUAUGACCUUUCUUCCAUCAGGGUCUUGAAGUCCGGGGGUGCCCCUCUCGGUAAAGAACUCGAAGACACUCUCCGUGCCAAAUUCCCCAACGCCAAACUCGGUCAGGGUUACGGAAUGACCGAGGCGGGGCCUGUGCUAACAAUGUCCUUAGCUUUUGCUAAGGAAGCCAUGGACGUAAAAGCCGGUGCAUGUGGAACAGUUGUCAGAAAUGCAGGGAUGAAGAUUGUGGAUCCUGAAACCGCCAUUUCCUUACCUCGAAACCACGCCGGUGAAAUUUGCAUAAGAGGUGACCAGAUUAUGAAAGGUUAUCUAAAUGAUAGAGAGGCAACAGAGAGAACGAUAGACAAAGAGGGUUGGUUGCACACAGGUGACAUCGGGUACAUCGACGAUGAUGACGAGUUGUUCAUCGUUGAUAGGUUAAAGGAAUUGAUCAAAUACAAAGGAUUUCAGGUCGCUCCUGCUGAACUUGAAGCCCUCCUUCUCACCCACCCUACCAUCUCUGAUGCCGCCGUCGUCCCAAUGAAGGAUGAAGCAGCGGGUGAGGUACCCGUUGCGUUUGUGGUGAGAUCAAAUGGUUUUACCCACACAACCGAGGAUGAGAUUAAGCAAUUUAUCUCCAAACAGGUGGUAUUUUACAAAAGAAUAAACAGAGUCUUCUUCAUUGAUGCAAUCCCCAAGUCACCAUCAGGCAAAAUUUUGCGUAAAGAUCUUCGAGCAAAGCUAGCAGCAGCUCCUUCAUCAGCACCACCAACACCAGCUGUUCCAAAAUGA